ACAGCCGCCGCAGACGAGUCUCCCUGAGGUAAAGGCUGGAAGAAAGCGGUCGCCGGAUGUGUGCGUACUGAGCGGCUGCCGGACUCGCAGUGUGGUCGACGUCUCGUCCCGACCCCUUCACCCGAACUCGGAGCAGCCCGAACAGGUGAAAUGGGCUGUGGACUGCCCAAACUGAAGCGGUCAGAGGACAACAGCCCAGGGAAAAUCUACUCCACCCUUAAGCGGCCGCAGGUACAGACCAAGAUCGGAGUGGUCUACGCCUACCGUUUCCUAGAUUUUCUCUUGGGCACAGAAGAAACCCCAUCAUCACGAGUGCUCUGCCUGUCCUCUGUGAGGGAGUUACCUGCGCAGCUGCAAGACCUUUACCAGCAGGGCUUUGUUCUGGCUGCUGUACACCCCUUCGUCCAUCCCUCUGGCCCAGAUAGCAUCCAACAGAAACUUCACCGAGCCAUACUGAUCCGCCUCUCUGACAGCAACAGUUCAGAGAAAAGCCAACUGCAGUGUGAGGCCCAUCGCUUGGAGACUGACCUGUGUCUGAGCUCUGACCACUUUCCCGACACCGAGCUAGUGCAGGGAUAUAUAAAGAAGGUCCAGGAUGUGUCAGAGCUGGGUGGAUUCUUCGUGGGCUUUCUCCACCAACCAGGAGGGGAGCCUUGUGUUCCUGGACCAGACGAUCCUGAGGAGUUCUCUCUGUCCCUCCACUCAAGCCCCAUAUCUUUGCAGAGAGAUUGGUCUGACCAAGAACACGGACAAAGCCUCGAUCACCAGUGCAGUCCGGAGGAGCACAGCUGUGGGAAGGUGAUGAAGACCAACGCACUGGGGCAAUGUGCUGUGCAGGAGGUGGAGACAUGUGGAAACACAGAGGCACCUGGGAACAAGUUGGAUGGAGAGGCCAAACAGGACCAUCCUGAAGAUGUGAAGGGUACCAUAGUUCUGUCCACAUGCAACAACAAUCAGGCCAAGAGCCCCAGUGAAGGGGUGGAACAGCUGAGGCCAACGGAGCAACAAAAUCGUGUGGUUCUCUUUGCCUUGUUCAACCACAUGGAGGCAUCCCUGAGCCUGCAGAGGUACUACACAGUGAAAGUGCCCCUGCAAGUGCAGCUUCGAGAUGGGGCUGUCGGUGGCAUCAGCGCCAAUUGGUUGGAUCACAUGAGCCAGCAUUUCUCCAAUGGCGCCUCGCUCAUCGAUGCAUACUUCCACCUGGGCAAUGACAGAGAUAUUCGUGCAAGGCUGGUGGAGAGUGUGUUUGUCUUCCAGGAGGGCGACUCAGCAAAGCCCACUGCAUAUGAUGCCAUUGUGGUUGAACAGUGGACCACGAUCAGCAACGUGGAGGUGAAGACGGACUAUAUCCCACUUCUGCAUUCUCUGGCUGUGUAUGGCUGGAGGCUCACCUGUGUACUGGCUACACCCAUCAUCAAGUCCAACGGUGAUGGCAGUUUGGCUACCAAGCAGGUUGUCUUCCUCCAGAGACCUGCCCUGGCCCGCAAGAAGGAGUCCAAGAAGCUGAGUCUUCGGGCAAGGAGUAAGUCAAAUAAGAACUCAGUCAAAGACACGAUGAAGAGUAAAAAUAACAGAAGCAGCUUUUCUCCAGUGGCAGAAAAAGAAACUGAGGAGCAGAAGAGGAUACAGAAUGAGGAGCUGGAGACAGAAAAAGAGGAGAGGGAAAAGCUAAUGAGAAAAUAUAAUAGGCAGAAUGAAAGGUUAAGCACAGGAAAAGAUAUCAGAGAGGAGGAGGGAAAGGGUAGGGUGCGGACAGAAAUGGAUGAUGAGGGAGAAGGGAAUUGUGUAUCAGAGACUGAAAUGGGGACUGAAGAAGAGAAAAAGGGCAAGACAGAGGAAGUGGAAGUAGUCACUCUGAAGCUGGAGCAAUCCAUGCAAGAGGGACAAGAGGGUGCUGUCAUACAUGAAGUCCAUGAACAGGGAGGGCCCUCCCCAGACCGUCCUGUUGAUGAGAGCUCUGGGGUCAGGAUCGGGGACAAUGAAAGAGGUGAAGCCAAUGAGGAAGGGCCAACCAAUGAGGGCUGCAUGGGUAGAAUCUACAAGAAUGUUUGUGAGUUAAAUAGCAGCGAAGAAUCGCAGCCACUCCAGAGGGCUACAGACUGUCCUCCAAGUCCGAGCUGCUGAGGUCGAGAAACCCAUCCUCCACACACAGGACAUGUUAGAAUGGUGUUCCAGAACAUCUUCAUGAUUUACAGAAAUCCCAGUGAAAAAAACUGUCUGGCGAACACUGUACCUGGCAACACAUUUUUAUGUUGACUUCAGUACAAUUUCAGCAAACUGAUGUUGGCAAAGGAAAGCUGGUUGUCGAGUUUUUUUAGGAAGUGCUUAAUUUUACUGCUGCCAUUGUCUCUAAAGACUGGGACCCGGGUUUCUUGCUGAGGCAAAACCCUGUAAUUUACUUCCAGUUGGCACAUAGGAGAAACACUCAUCAGGUGCUAGCAACAUUACACCUUUUUCCUGCACUAAAAUUAAGUGUCAAUAAGAAAACAAGAUGAGAUGCUGUACGUACAGAACAAACGGGAAGCUCCUGUGAGCUGCCCUUACGGACAAUUAUGCCGUGCCUCCUUACAUACGUUGUUCCAUACUGCUGGAUACAGAUGGCAAAGGCUUUCUGCAAAUGCUCGCAGGCACUGGUUUCCAGUCUUGGUCCCGGGAGGCCACUGAGGUGCAGGGUUUUGUUCAGAAUCACUAAUUAACUUCAUUGAGUUGCUGAUGGUUAAAAAAGGCACGAUUCAAAUUGUGUAAAACUAGAAAUGUUAUGUGAGGACUAGCUGAAAUUAAUUGAAUACACAUUCCAUAUAUAUUAUACACAC